AUGGCUGCUCAUCACACUUGGCCUCUUCAUCAACUAGACGUCCAGAAUGCUUUUCUCCAUGGUGAUGUGGAGGAAGAGCAAGCUUCAUGGCAGUGGUUUUCCAAAUUUUUCACAGCUAUUCAACAUGCUGGUUUUCGGCAAUCAAGGGCUGAUUACUCUAUGUUCACUCGUGUAAAAGGUAAAUUCAUCACUAUGGUAUUGAUCUAUGUUGAUGAUAUAAUCAUAACCGGAAAUGAUCCUAUUGCCAUACAACAAUUAAAGGACUUUCUCCAUCAUCAAUUUCGAAUCAAAGAUCUUAGUUUGCUAAAAUAUUUCCUCGGAAUUAAAGUAGCUUGCUCCAAAGAAGGCAUCUCCAUUUCACAGAGAAAGUAUAUUUUAGACAUACUGGAUGAUGUUGGUUUGUUAGGGGCUUGUCCUGUGGAUUUUCCCAUGGAACAAGACUUAAAAUUACAGUCGACAGAAGGAGAAUUGUUGAAAGACCCCACUCGUUAUAGAAGAAUUGUGGGGCGUCUCAUCUAUCUCACAAUAACAAGGCCUGACAUUUCAUAUCCUGUACAAGUCCUCAGUCAAUUCAUGAGCCAACCACGCAAACCACAUCUUGCAGCAGCCAUGCGUGUGUUGAAAUAUUUGAAGGGGUCAAUAGGUCAAGGAUUAAUAUUUCCAUCCAACAAUUCUUUGCAGCUACGAGGUUAUUGUGAUGCCUCGUGGGCGUCGUGUCCUACAAGGCGUUCCAUUACAGGAUACUGCAUCUUCUUAGGUAACUCCUUGAUAUCUUGGAAGACCAAGAAGCAGCAUACAAUAUCACGAUCUUCUGAGGAAGUUGAGUAUAGAUCAAUGGCAGCAAUUACCUGUGAACACACAUGGCUGCAUUUUCUGCUAGAAGAUCUUCGAGUCCUUCAUACCGCACCUGCUCGAGUUCACUGUGAUAAUCAGGUCGCGCUAUACAUUGCGGCUAAUCCUGUCUUUCAUGAACGUACCAAGCACAUAGAGCUAAACUGUCAUCUGAUUCGAGAAAAAAUUCAAAAUGGGCUCAUCACAACUCAUUUCACACCAUCUAAGCAUCAGGUUGCAGACUUGUUUACCAAAGCACUUGGUAAACUCAUGUUUCAAGCUCAUUGCCGUAAGUUGGGCAUGCACAAUAUCCAUGCUCCAACUUGA